UGGUCACAGCCCAAUCGUUGCUUUAUCAUGUCAACCACCUCAAGCACACCCACAGUUGAUCUCACUGGCUAUUCCCACAUUAUGACUGCCUGCUCUCGUGGGGCUUGGCUUGCCGAGCGCGCAGAGAAAUCUCCCAAUUUCGACCCGGACAACACCGAAACAUUCAUGUUCAUUGGGAAUGCAAGAAAUGGCCGUGUUGAAAUCGUGACAGCGGAGCUUAACACCCGCGUCAUGGCAGCAAAGAGCGUCUGCAGCAACACUGGCGGCGAUAUCCGCAAAGAAAUCGACCUCAUCCUUGCUCUGCCAUCUCACCGCAACAUUGUGACCCAUUUCGCGAAGAGCACCCCGAGACAGAUUUUUUACCCGACUUGGAUCUUCAUGGAGUUCGUGGGAGGGGGAACGAUUGUCGACCUCAGCAAAGCGCUGGGUGGUAUCACAGAAAAUGAAGCCAGCGUGAUAGUCUUCCAAAUUCUCUCCGGUCUCAACCAUCUCCACGAGAACCACGUCGUUCACCGAGAUAUGAAGGGCAGCAACGUCCUGAUCUCCUUCACUGGUUGCGUCAAAAUUAUCGGUCUGUGUGGACCGAAACCCAUGUCAGUGGGCGAUGAGCAUUACCUCGUUCGCAGUGCACCUUUUGUGGCGCCAGAGAUCUUACUCGGGACUACGCUCUAUGGCCCCGAAGUGGACAUCUGGAGUACUGGGGCGGUUAUCAUCGAGCUACUUGAAGGAGGCCAUCCAUGGGAAGACUCCUUGAUACUCGACAUUUUCACACAGGCCUCCGCAUACCAAUGGCCGCGGCCCAAAUCAAUGUCAGCGCGACUUGAGGCCUUGCUUGGCAACUGUAUUUUCAGGGACCAAAAGGAGCGCUUGCCGGCGGCCACUCUGUUGAAAGACUGCUGGUUUGACUUCGCGAACAAGAUGGUAUCGGGACAUGGGGCAGUUUAG